UAUUUUUAUCGAACGUGCAUGUACGACUCGCUUGGGUGAGCGGUAAGGCCCAAAGACAUCUCGAAAGGUCGCUUCGACAAAGCCUCGCUAGCUAAGACGCUUCGUGGAAGCGGACGCUGGGUGGCUUCCAUGUAGUGCGGUCGCUAUACAUAGACUAUGUGCCUGGGGCAGAGAGGCCCGGUGAGGCAUUGCGGCUCGCUGCGGUAUCGAUUUAUACCUGCUUCCACUAGACAGCCCUCGUUUUAAGGACUCAGUCUAUUGCACGAGUUGCCAGGGAACAUACGAAUUAGUGGCGUUGCUGUGGUUGCUCGAUCCACGUUUACAUACAUACAUUACAAUCGCUUAGAGGCGCACACUGUCGGCAAACCGGUCUAGCAGUUUGCAAGAGGGCGUAGCUGGCGUGCUGAUAUUUUUAGUCUGUGCACAAGUUACCUCAACGCUUACCGUAUCUGCGUACAGAGCACAUAUUCAAUAUGGACGAAUUGAGCAGCGUCGUGCACAUGUUCGAGAGCGGAAAAAACCAUUGACAGCUCUGGGAAAGUCAUACGGAACCGGUUGAACCUGGCGCAAAGGAUCGAUGUGCUCAAGCAAUUUGAGCGAACGCCAGACAUCGGGCAUCUGGCGCGCAAAUACCAAUGCGGUCGAAGGCAAAUUAAGAACAUUUUGCGCAAACGUAAAAAGUAUCUUGCGAUGUGGUCGCGAAACUUAACUGAGAAACCCAACUAUCAAUCAUCCUGCCUAAAUGCGGUCGGCAUCAUCUUGAAUGAAUGGGUCAAGCGAGCUCGAUGCUACAAACUCAAAAUCAAUGACGACAUCCUCCGGAAAUUUGGCCAGGAAAUCGCUGAGAACAUAAAAUUUGUGGACUUCAAGCCGACUAAUGCGUGGCUUCAGCAGUUCAAGCAGAAGUACAAGCUCCCCGACGUGCAGCUCACCAUCAAACAAGGCACAGACAACGCUGCUGGGAAUAAGGAGCCCUUGAGCAUUAGCUCUAUUAUUGAGGACUUGCGGCGGAAACAUGGAAAUCUCAUGAUUGUUCCGCUGUGGGAACUUAAGGACGACGUCGAAAAUGGAGACUCCAGGCCGACAAAGCGAGCUGGCAACGCAUCAACGAAGAGUUCCGCUUUACCGAGCCCCGACUCUGCAAUGCAACUGGAAAACGAAGAAUUGAAUAUCCUUUCGGAUGAUUCUUACGAUGAGGAUGUCAAAAUGGAAGUUGCCAGAGAGAUUGAAAGCUACAAAGAAGCGUUGAACCAACUUGGACCGCUGGAGCAAUUCGCUCUAAUGAGAGAAAAUAUUCGAGCCGUUGGACUUAUAAAUCAACUAGAGAAUCUAUUCAGGGAAGAAAUGGAAAAGACGGAAUUGUCCUAAGUCAUAUCUAUUAGUUGUUACGUUCUAUGUUUAUAAGGUAAACUAAGUGUUUUGUGAAUAUAUUUCCCGUAGACAUAAUAAAUUGAUAUUUUGAAAUA